UUAAGUUACAGCGAUAGUAAGUUGCUGUAUUCCGGAGCACAUGCAGAUUGUCAGUUUUCUCUGUCUCCUGCUCACUCAACUCUGCAGCUCUGUUAUAUUUGCUGGGAAACCCCUACUUUACCUGCUACCACUGUGUCCCUAGAACACUGAAGAUCUGAAAAGGUUUCUCCAGUACCUCCCACAGAAAAGAGUCUUCCAUUUUUCUGAAGGGAUAUUGACAGAAGUUAAUUGUAAAAGAAAACUUUCUGCAAGACAGAUGACUAAAGGUAACGGAGAAGAUCCAAAAACUGGAAGUAGGAUGGAACGCAUUCAACAAGGAGUCCGGAAACGUACACUUUUGGCAAAAAAAAAAGUGCAGAGCAUAACAAAGGAUGAUGUUAAAAGUUAUUUAUUGAGGAAUGCCUUUGUGCUCUUCACCGUUGUUGCUGUGAUUCUUGGUGUAAUCCUUGGAUUUUCCCUCCGAUCAUAUAAGAUGAGCUAUCGGGAAGUCAAGUACUUUUCAUUUCCAGGAGAACUACUCAUGAGAAUGCUGCAGAUGCUGGUCCUACCACUAAUUGUAUCCAGUUUAGUCACAGGAAUUGCUGCCCUGGAUAGUAAAGCAUCAGGGAAGAUGGGAGUCCGAGCAGUAGUCUACUACAUGAGUACUACGAUCAUUGCUGUACUGAUUGGUAUAAUCAUUGUGGUCAUCAUCCACCCUGGGAAAGGUACUAAAGAAAACAUGCACAGAGAAGGCAAAAUUGUACAAGUGACAGCAGCAGAUGCCUUUCUUGAUUUAAUCAGAAAUAUGUUCCCUCCCAAUCUGGUGGAAGCUUGCUUUAAACAGUUCAAAACUAACUAUGAAAAGAGAAUGUUUAAAGCAGAUAUUCCAUCCAAUGACACAUCCACAGUGGCUUCCAUAAUAAGCAAUGUGUCAGAAGCAAUGGAAACCCUCAGCCGAAUGAAAGAGGAAAUAGUUCCUGUUCCAGGUUCUGUAAAUGGAGUGAAUGCCCUUGGCUUGGUGGUUUUCUCAAUAAGCUUUGGCCUGGUGAUUGGAAGCAUGAAGGAGCAAGGUCAGGCAUUAAAAGACUUCUUUGAUAGCCUUAAUGAGGCUAUCAUGAGAUUGGUAGCUCUAAUCAUGUGGUAUGCUCCACUUGGAAUCCUCUUCUUGAUUGCUGGAAAAAUUGUUGAGAUGGAAGAUAUGGGUGUGAUUGGUGGUCAGCUUGCCAUGUACACUGUAACAGUUAUCAUCGGUUUGCUAAUUCAUGCUGUCAUUGUCCUACCUCUUCUCUACUUCCUGAUCACUCGUAAGAACCCUUGGGUAUUUAUUGGAGGCUUAAUCCAGGCAUUAGUCACAGCUUUGGGAACAUCUUCCAGUUCUGCAACACUACCUGUUACAUUUAAGUGUCUAGAAGAAAUAAAUGGAGUGGACAAACGAGUUACAAGAUUUGUACUCCCAGUUGGUGCUACAAUUAAUAUGGAUGGAACUGCUUUAUACGAGGCUUUGGCUGCAAUUUUCAUUGCACAGGUUAACAACUUUGAUCUGAACUUUGGGCAGAUUAUCACAAUCAGUAUCACCGCUACAGCUGCCAGUAUUGGGGCUGCAGGCAUUCCUCAAGCUGGGCUGGUCACCAUGGUCAUUGUGCUUACAUCAGUAGGUUUACCUACAGAUGAUAUCACUCUUAUCAUUGCAGUGGACUGGUUCUUGGAUCGUCUCCGUACCACUACCAACGUCUUGGGAGACUCCAUCGGAGCAGGAAUUGUUGAACAUUUAUCACGGCACGAGCUGAAGAACAGGGAUGCUGAAAUGGGUAAUUCUGUGAUAGAGGAGAAUGAAAUGAAGAAACCAUACCAACUGAUCUCACAAGAAAAUGAGAGCGAGAAACCAUUAGACAGUGAAACCAAGAUGUAGGGCAAAAAGAGCAUGAGUCCAACACUACAGCCAUUUAUAUCUUGAAUUCACCAAGUUCACCAAUUCAACAAGUUCCUUGUUUUCUCCCUUUAUGCUAGCACUGGAAAGAAUUAAUGAAAAUAUAUUCCAAAUUAGCAGUGAUCAUGGCUUCCUACUUUAAAAAAAAAUAACAGGCAACAACACUGGUCCUGCUAGACAUGUGCUAAAUGAGGAUAAAAGAAGAGAGAUUGUCAAUUAAAUGAAAACAAAAAUCAGUGUAUAUGUUACUCAGUCCUGUGAACAUUUUCUUUUUCUUUAACGCACUGGAAAGUAAAAGCAGAUAACAGAGCCUGAAAAAUUUUUAAAUACCUGUUGCAAAUUUCUUAACAUCUAUAAACACACAAUCAAUGCUUCUAACUUGAUAACUGCAUCCAGCUAAGUAAAUUAACAGGAUUUUUGCUUUUUUUAUCUGAUUUUUUUUCUAGUGUUAUACCUUUGUUCAAAUACUAGCAGGACAAUAAAAAGAAGGACAUUAACUGAAAGGCUAAAAAGGGGAAAGAUACAUAAAUAAAGAAAAAAAUCCCAAAUCAUCACUUUUAUCAGCUGAGUUGAACUCUUCCUGAAAAAGUUAUUUUAUUUAGACACAGCUUUUUGCAUUAGCCUCAGCUGAUCUUGAUGAACACUUAUCCUAGUCAGCUCCCAUUGAUUUGCAAACAUUUACGUAUGUACGUAUGUACCUCCAGUCUGGAUUUUCCCCCUUAAUUUCAACAUCACAACCUAGCUGAACAAUCUAUGUGUGCAAGUGUUUGUAGGAGCAAGGCCCCCAGCUGGGACAGAAAAUAUGCCUUCAUGUCUGUUUGGAAAAAAAAAAUUGUAACAUGCAAUAACAGGAAUAGAAGGCAUUGCCAGCCUUCUGCAGGAGGUGCAGAAGGGAGAGAAGCUCAGAUCCUAAAAGGACUGGAUUCUAAAUCUGAAUCCCUGAGACCAACAGGAGGUUUUCGGAUUGGUCUCCCUCCCAAAUGCUUGGUCAUCCCACUGAUAUGUUAUAGAGCUACUAGCUGGAUUUACAUUUUUCCGUCUGGAAAGAGUGACUCCCUAUCUCAAUGCGAAAUUUCAAAAUCCUUGUGUGUUUAUGAGUAGCAUAUCAAAAAGAAAAAAUAACCCAGUAGAACAUAAAACUAAUGGGUGCUUUUUUGCUAGGAAAUAUAUAUAAACUGCAAAAUAGUAAAUACUAUAAUAAAUGUUGACAUUUUAAUUUGAAAGGAUUUUAAAGAGCAAUAUUGUAGGUUUCUUUCAGGGAAUAGAUAAGGAAAGAAUGAAAAAAAGGAGACAAUGCACUUGUAAUCUUGUGCAUUUUUUUUUUUUUGUUCAAUUCAAGAUUAUUCCCUGAUUAAGCCUUUUUCUAAAAAUAUAAAUUAUGUAUUUUUUCCUUUUUGCCUUGUAUUAUUAUCGAGGUUAAACUGAAAAGUUUUAUAAUGCCGUUACAGUUGACGGAACAAAAAAAUAUUAAUCAAAAUGCACAGCAGUGCUGAGUGAUCUUUUUCAUGAAAAAUGUUCUUUUGUCUUCUUUCUCCCUCCCCCUACCAAAAAAAUCUGAUUUUCUGAUAAUGUAAAUGAAGGAUUCCCUUGCCAUGUCACAGUUGCCAAUCAAAAAUAAUUUAAUAUGUUGCUUCUGCCACUAAAAGAACAUAAAUAAGGUGCACAAAUAACUGUAGUGAAAACAUCAACAUGCUGGUUGAAUACAGAUCUUUUGCCAGGCAAGACCUGUUUUUUUAGGUCUGAAAAACUCCUGCCCAUCUUCUCCAGCUGAGUAACCCAGACAAUACAAGCAGGAACUCUCUAGUGAAUGAAGUGAGCACGGUUUAAUACAGAGCAUUGAGCAGUCAAACCAACAAAGCUCUAAAUGAAUCUCUGACUAAAAAAAAAAAAAAAAAACAAAAAAAAAAAAAAAAAAAAAAAAAACAAAACAAAACACAAGCAUGGGGAUGGAUUUUUUUUGCUAAGAGAAUGCAAAUCUAGGAUAUAGACAGGCAUUUUCUGAUAUGUAAUUAGAGAUAUUUUUAUAUAGAUACUGUAUUCAGAAUGUGUGUAUAAACAUUAACUUUAGAAUUUAUGGCAUAACAAUUUAAUUUUUUGUUAAGGUUUUGGUUGGAAAUACAUUGCAAAGACAAUGUAAAUGGCUGUCUUUCUAUGACAUCAGCUGAGAAAAAUGAAUUGUGUCACAAAGAAUGUGAUCUUUUUUUAUACUAACUUUGUUUGUUAUGGAAAUCAGGUAUUAUAGAAAGAUUCCCUUCCCCAUCCCUCAAUGGUUCUGCAUUGGUAUGCACCCAGAGCGGAUUGAGAAACAUUACUUUGUAGAUGUAUUUUCAAUAAAAAUAGUUUUACAUUAC